AUGCCAGAUUCCAACCACACCGACACUUCUUUCCUCCUAUCAGGGCUUCCAGGCCUUGAGGCUGUGCACAGCUGGCUCUCCAUCCUUCUGUGUGCCAUGUAUAUGGCCUCUCUGGCAGGAAACAGCCUGAUCCUGUGGGUGGUGAGGUCAGAGCCUGCCCUGCACCAGCCCAUGUACUACUUCCUGUCGAUGUUGGCAGUGACUGACCUGGGCCUGUCUGCCUCCACGCUGCCCACCAUGCUCCCUUUCUACAUGCUGGGUCUCAGACAGGUUGCAGUGGACAUGUGCCUGGCCCAGCUCUUCUUCAUCCAUACUUUCUCCAUCAUGGAGUCCUCUGUGCUGCUGACUAUGGCCGUUGACCGUUUUGUGGCCAUUAGCAACCCCCUGCGCUAUAGCACCAUCCUCACCAGUUCCCGCGUUGCCAGCUUGGGCCUGGCCAGUGUGGUGCGCAGUGUUGGGCUCCACAUUCCCGCCCCCAUCAUGCUGAAGAGGCUGCCUUACUGCCAGAAUCGCCUGCUCUCCCACUCUUACUGCCUACACCCAGAUGUCAUGAAACUGGCCUGUGUAGACACCCAUGUCAACAGUGCCUAUGGUCUCUUUGUAGUGCUCUCCACACUGGGGGUGGACUCUGUGCUCAUUAUUCUCUCCUAUGGGCUGAUCCUCCAAACAGUGCUAUCGAUUGCUUCCAAUGCUGAGCGCCUCAAAGCCCUCAAAACUUGUGUCUCCCAUGGCUGUGCUGUGUUGCUCUUCUACACAUCUAUGAUUGGACUCUCCAUGAUCCAAAGAUUUGGGAAGGGGGCUUCCCCUUCAGGCCGUGUGCUGCUCUCCUACCUUCACUUUCUCACACCUCCAGUGCUCAAUCCAGUGGUUUACACCAUUAAGACCAAGCAGAUCCAGCUGAGGAUGCGACGUUUCUUCUGGCUGGGCAGGGCUGGCAUUAGGGACACUCAGGCUCAUUAA